AUGGGACUAUUCAGCGCGCCCUUAGCACGACGCCAAGUUGCAGUUGCAUUGAGCGGGGGUGUUGAUUCUUCGGUGGCAGCUCAUCUGCUUACUAAAAUGAACAUGGACGUCCUUGGAAUACACAUGUCAAACUGGGACUAUCAUGGCGACGAUGAUGGCUCUCGAGACACAAAGUGUUGGGAAGGCGACUGGAAGGAUGCACAAGCAGUUGCAAGGCAUCUGGAUAUUCCAAUUUUUCACACAUCAUUUGAGCAGGAUUAUUGGAACAGCGUGUUUGAGCCCUAUAUUACAAAUUUGUCUCAAUCAAUCACGCCGAAUCCAGACGUCGAUUGCAAUCGAUACAUUAAAUUUGGGGUACUGAAGGAAUAUCUGCGAAAGAGAUUCGACAUUGAUACAUUGGCGACGGGGCAUUAUGCAAGACUGUAUGAUGGGUCUGAUGAUAGAACGCAAGUCCCUCUUUGUCUAGAAGAAUUCCUUGAUUCCAAUCCCGCAUCGGCAGAUUUUUUGGAUAUGGAACAGCCCAUCCUGAUGGCAGCGAGAGAUGUACGCAAAGAUCAGUCUUAUUUCCUCUGUGGAGUGUCUGCGAAUGCAUUGCGUGGUGUCAUGUUCCCCCUCGGAGAUCUGAACAAGGGAUCUACCAAAGACCCAUCGCAAGGAGAUAUGCAUUCAGAGUCUGUCAGAGAUAUAGCACAAUCUGCCAGAUUGCCAACUGCGUCAAAACGAGAAUCGAUGGGCAUUUGCUUUAUUGGAAAGAGGCGCCAUGCAGAGUUUGUUAACGAGUACAUCGAGCCCAAGAGUGGGCAGGAGAUGAAAGCCACGUGCAUCAAUGUUGACGAUGGUUCGGUGAUAUCAUCCUUCUAUCCGAGUGAAACACCUUCACUAGCAUAUGCCACAAUUGGACAGGGGGCAAAGAUAUCCGGGGCUGCGCAAAAGUGGUUUGUGGUCGACAAACCAGAUGCAAAAACUGUACUUGUUUGUCCAGGAACUCACCAUCCGGCUCUGUAUAGCGACUCAUUUAUAGUGGAGGGCGUAAAUUGGAUUCAAGGAAUCCCACCAAAGCUUCCGCUCAAGGCACAGUGUCGCAUAAGGCACCUACAGCCACUAAACGAGUGCGAGGUGAGGGCAACAAAGGAUGGUCGAGGGGUUGAAGUCGUCUUGGAGAAACCAUUCCGUGGUAUUGCUACUGGUCAAGUCUGUGGUAUUUACCUUAAGGGUCUGGUAUGCUUGGGUGGUGGAGCAAUCACAACUAGAGGAGCAACAUACCACGCUUUGAACAAGGAGCUGCCAGCCUCGCUGCAUCCUGCAGGAAAUAAUGACCUAUCAACAGCAAAGCGAAAAUAG